AUGAUUGUCUUCAUUGUUCCUUUCCACCUCGACGCCCCACCGUCCGCCCCACCAGUCCACCAACCCGCCCAGCCCACCUCCCAGGGCCCUCGACACGGCCCGUCCGCCUCUCGCACUGCCCAACAUGCCCUCAUCCCGCCGCUCACCACCAAGUCGUCCGGCUCGCCCUCGCCCUCGCCCUCGCCUUCACCCUCGAACACGCCCACGCCCCAGCACAACCCACGAGAAGCAGGCAACCACGACAGUUCCACACCGACUCCGUCGUCCACCCCGACUCCGACCACCGCCACAACCGUAGUUCCACCCACGCCUGCUUCUGCCGUCACCGCGAGGAAGGCCCCCGACCACAUCACUCGGCAAGACACGGCGCCGGCACUUGUGUCCAGGGACAAGGAUGCUCACGACAGCGCUGCAAAGCCAUCUGCCACGAACAUAGCCCAGCCUGCCCCCUCCCCUUCUAGCAACCCCGGCGUCGAUCCGCUGUCACAACACAUCUUCCUGCGCACCAAUACCGAAUCCACUUCUUCCAGGCAACCUCGAACCUGGGGCGUGGCUGCUACAAAGCCAGAUGACAGUUCGGAGCCCCUCGAAGCAAUCCCGCGCCAAAGCUCAGACCUGAACGGCAGACAAACAGCGCCCUUUGGCGAUGUUGCGAAGGACAAGAAGAAGGGUCCCUCAUUUCUCAGUCGGCUCGGAAUGCGUACCACGAGAAAGGCAAGGGGUGAUGUCGACUCCAUACACGACAGCGAGUCCGAGUUCAAUGGCGAGUCUCGGAUGGACGGCUCAGAUGCCCGAGUAUUUUCCGACAUGGCCGACGCAGGAGGCUUCAUCCCUCGCCACAAGGAGCCGCCGAGAUACAUCCGCAUCCGGGCAAACAACAAGAAACACCAUGAGCGGGAAUUCAACCGCAUGUUUCUUGCCCAGGAGCUUGUUGGGACCCAUCCAUCGCUGAAUGGUGACGACGGCGCUCAAGCAGCCUCCAAAGUUCCCGUCGUCACCGUCUCUGUGGCUGGUGCCGGUGGGAGGAGGAGGGAGCGGACGGGCGGUGCGAUUUGGGCUACCGAGUUCUCCAAAGAUGGGAAAUACCUGGCUGCCGCCGGCAAAGACGCGGUCGUCAGGAUGUGGGCUGUUAUAUCAACCCACGAGGAGCGGCGGGCACAGGAGGAGGAGGAGGCUGCGACCUGUCCCGUGGGUGAGCGGCUGUCCACGCCUGUCUUCGUUGAACGCCCGUUCCGUGAGCUCUCGGGCCACGUGAACGAGAUCCUCGACCUGAGCUGGAGCAAGAACAACUUCCUCCUCUCGACCAGCAUGGACAAGUCGGUGAGGCUUUGGCACACUAGUCGCGACGAGUGCCUCUGCGCAUUCAAGCACAAGGACGUGGUGACCAAGGUAGCCUUCCACCCCACAGAUGACCGUUUCUUCCUCGCAGGGAGCCUGGACAUGACGCUGCGCCUGUGGAGCAUACCCGACAAGACCGUCGCCUACAGCGUGCGCCUGCCAGACCUCAUCACCGCCGUUGCAUUCACCCCUGACGGAAAGUUGGCCAUCGCGGGCCUCUUGAACGGGCUGUGCAUGGUCUACGACACGGAGGGUCUCAAGUUCCACAGCCAGAUACAUGCCAAGAGCUCGCGGGGCAAGAACUCCAAGGGGAGCAAGAUCACCGGGAUACAGACCAUGGCGAUGCCUCUCACCUCGGGCGGUUCGGGUGGUACGGAGCCUGGUGAGGUCAAGAUCAUGAUAUCGACCAACGACUCGAGAAUCCGGAUCUACAACUUGAAGGACGGCAGCCUGGAUGUCAAGUUCAAAGGCCACGAGAACGCCUGCACGCAGAUCAGCGCCAGCUUCAGUGAUGAUGCACAAUACGUCAUCAGCGGGAGCGAGAACAGGAAGACGUUCAUUUGGAAGGUGGGCGCGGCAGCCGCCGGUGAUUCCAACAAACAGCCGAGCGAAAGCUUUGAUGCCCACGGCGAUAUCGUGACCACAGCGCUUUUUGCCCCCGUCAAGACCAGGCAACUCCUGAGUGAGUCUGGGGACCCGAUCUACGACCUAUGCAAUCCGCCACCGGUCACACUCAUGCCUUCGGACGAGACCGCCGCGACGUCGUCCCAGGCUGCCCCGUCUGAAGCCGACAGCCAGGACAAGGCACAGGACCCGGACAUUUCGCUGUCGACGCCAGGCUUGGUCAAGAAGAUCGAGUACUCACCUGCUUACCUCGCGCGCAAGUCUCACAACGGCGGCAACAUUAUUGUGACAUCGGACGACCAAGGCAUCAUCAAGGUCUUUCGACAGGACUGUGCCUUUUCAAAACGACGUCACGAGAGUUGGGAGACCGGAAGCACCUUCUCCAGGAAACCAGGCGGUGCCCUUGGCCCAGGGGUAGUCCGCUCAUCCAGUAUCAGGACCAGGACGAGCGCUGGUAGCGCUGCGCACUCACGGCGCGGUAGUCUGAGCACCGGGGCGGGGCAGCCUGGAGCGCUUCCGCCGGGCAUCGCGUGGGGCGCACCGGGGACGCCGAAGCUGUCGUCGGACAUGAUCCUAAGCUGGCGCCAAGAUAUCGAGGGCGGCGGCGGCAGGCCCCAGUCGAUCGCUGGAAGCAUCGGAACGCCCGUGCGGAGCGAGAGAAGCAUAUCCCCUGGGAAGGACGCGCGCCAAGCGGCAAGCGGGAGCCGGGCAAAUCUAGCCGCAGAUGCCCGGAAGCAGCAGUACGCGAUGGCCUCUCCGCGGAUCCCUGCGGGUGCCAAUGACCCACCCGGCAGCCCCACGAACAGUGUGGCAAGCGGUCGGCUGCGACCAAAGACGGCCAGUGCUGCCGACACAAAGUUGACCUCCGGUUCCUCGCCCUUACACCCUACAAACGAAGAGGGCACGGAGGCGGAUGACAACCAACGUCGGCAGGAGCCCCCGCAGGGCAAGCCCCGGCCGUCAACAGCCAGAGACCGCAAGGGUUCCAAAAAGGCCGAGGAUGCGCCAACGCCUCCGCCGGUGCCGUCGUUCAGCUUUAGGUCCGCUGAAGACGGACCGGAAGAGCUACGGCUCGACCCAGCCGGGGCAAGCUACGGUUUCUGGAAUCUGAACCGCUGGAAGGGCCUGGCUGGUCUUAGAGGGUCCAACGGGGAUGGGAAGUCCAGUGCGGGGGCUAAGGGCCACCAGAGGACUGCCAGUGAUGCUGUAGAUCGCGAGGCCGUCUCUGAGGGACCCCGAGCGUCGAGGUCCUCAACGAUGCCCCUCUCACCGGCCGGCGAAAACAGACCUCCAGUCCCCGGGUUCGAGCGGCGGCCGGCUGACGUGCAGCGUGGGGCUUCACAUCUGAGCACCAUGACGACCCACGAAGAGAACCGCCUCGCCCCGGCUGAUUCGGUCAUCAGCAAGCUCAGCUCGGAGCUGACGAGUGACAGCGACGCCGGCCGCCGGAGCAGUGAGGAUGGGGACGAUGAGCAGGCAACGAGUGCUGUUGAGACUGCGAGGUCGCCCCAAGACAACCAAGAUGCAGGCAAUGCCGCGGCGGUCCACCGCAGUCGAUACAUGGCCGACCUGGUCCGGCCCGGCUGGCGAGCCGGUGUCAUACCCGAGGCUCCGGAGCCGGACGGCGGCCGCUCCGCACCCGAGUCUCGUCUGCCGAAAGAUCGAGGAUCGCAGCGCGGGAUCUGA